AUGCCUGGCUCUUCUGCCAUCACGUCGUACAGCCACAUGCCGCCUCCGUCGCGGGCAUCUCACAGUGUACCGCCGCUGCUCAGCCAACCCGAGAUCCAAUGGUCUGCCAUCACACCGUCACUGGCCUCUGUGGAGAAAUUGCGCCUGCUAUGCCACAGCCAGAAAGAGUUGAAAAAGGAAGGAUACGUGCUGAAACCGCUCGACGUGGCCCAGAUUGAGGCCAAGUUGAGGUGUAUCAAAUGCGGGAAACGUGCGAGCCGCAAACCAGUCCCCAAGCCUGUUGUCCUCGUCACCACUGCCAACACCGAUCAGGAGAAGCCUGUUGGUCUGGCCGCCGCUACCACUGUCAAUCAGGACAAUCAACAGCAACAGCGUGGGACCAGCAAAUUCUGUGAUGUGGCGGUUGGUGGGUGUGGGAAAUCCGGCCACACAAUGGAUACAUGCUGGCGAUUGCACCCUGAACUGAAGCAUAGGAAAAGAGGCGGGAAGGUGGAGAAAGGGCGAAGUAUCAAACUCGAGCUUGACAGUAACAACACCAACAACACAGCGGGGAGAGCAGAGAGACAAUCCGGGGACACCACCAACACCUCAGAGAGAGCAGAUAGACCAUCCGUGGACGGGGACGCCACGUUGGGAGCCGUAGCAGGCGCGAAGACUCGGCGUUCCAAAACCUGCCAAUACCACGUCGGACGCGUUCGAGACAAGCACUUUACGUGCUGCAACCGCCACGUCUCGCAGCCAGGCUGCAUCGAAGACGAAGAGCAUGACCUCCCUGCCCCCAACGAUCCGACUACUCUCCAAGACUGGCAGUUCCACACGACUCCACCAGCGGGUGCUUCCCAGUCUGGGAAAGGUCCAACUCGCUACUGUCAAGCAAUCGCACUAGACUGCGAAAUGGGCACCUCCCGCGCCGGCGAAUCCGAACUCAUCCGCCUGACGGCCGUCGACUUCUUCACCCGCGCCGUCCUCAUCGACAACCUCGUGUGCCCCGCGGUGCCCAUGGCACAUUACAACACGCGCUACAGCGGCGUUACUGCCGGCAAUAUGCGCAGUGCGAUCCGCGCCCGCACGGCGAUCCACGGCCGCGACGCCGCGCUACGGGGUCUUUUGGGGCAUGUGGGCCCGCAAACCGUGGUGGUUGUGCACGGCGGGAGUAGUGACUUGCGGGCCUUGCGCUGGAUUCACCCCCACGUCGUGGAUACGUAUAUCCUCGAGGGGUAUGCGAGUGCCACCUCUGGGGGCAAGAGCCUGCAGAACCUGUGUCGCGUGAAGUUGGGGAUCCACGUGCAGGCGAGGGAUCGGCCGAGGGGGAAGUUGGGGCAUGACAGUCUGGAGGACGCGCUCGCGACAAGAGAGUUGGCGAUAAGCUGGGUGGAGAGUAUCCCUGGGUAA